AUGCUUACACAGGCUGGAACUCAGUAUCCCGGAUAUACGUGGAAGAAGUACCUCCCCCACAGGCUUAAUAACAGCAGAGCCACAGUUUUUGUUUCACUUUCAAAGAUAACCAUGAACAGAGUAAUAUUUCGGGGGUAAUCAGUAAGCAAACUGAAGUAAAUUUUGAUUAUUAGAGCCAGGGGUUUACUUUUUCGCAUUAAAUCUCUUUUGAAAGUGUAGGGUUUCAAGCUUCAGAAGCUUACAUUACAUGUUACAAGAUAACAACAAUGUUUGAGCGACUUUUUGUUAUCUCAAUUAAUAAAAGGGCUUCAAAAUAAAAUAAAUUGCGUGAAAUAUGAAUUUACUACCCUUCCCGACCUUUAUUUUCCCUUUGUUAUCUUCUUCCUGAUUCUUUGGUUUAUCAUUUAAGAUUAUUUUUCUGUGCAUAUUUUUUACAAUAAAGUAACAGAAGUCAGCAUCAAAUUCAGAGAGAUAAAUUAUCUUCAGCUGAUGGUACAAAAAAGGGGCACUCAACGAGCGAUCGACCCUGACAACUUUGGUAAAUUUGGAGGUGCCCUAAAUACUAUUUAUCUGUUUGGAUGUCUUAGGGGAGGUUUAAUCGUCUCAAAAGUUUGAGGUGGCGUUUUCGUCUCAUCUGCUCUGAAACUGUUAGCUACCCUGAUGGGUCCGAUCGUAAGUUUGAGGACAUGGAGUAGCUGCACCUUAAAUAGAAGAUUCUACUGCGGAACGUUUUGAAUUUUUACCGAAAUAUUUGGAAGACCUUCUUAAACAAUAAUCGCGCGCAAAAUCUUGGUAAUAAAAUGUGAAAAAAGCAAACUCCCAAACUGAAAAAAAAAUCGUAUGAAACCGAAUAUUUUAGAUGAAUGUAACUUUUAUCCACAAAAUUCUAGCGUUUCCCGAGCUUAAGAAAGAUUUCGAGGUAUGAUUUUCUCUUUCGAACCGAAAUUUGGCUAGAAUUUCAUUUUGAAAGUGCGGCCGUGGGACUGUCUUUGCAAAAUGCUAGUCAUAAUUUUACACGUAAAGAGCUAAAACUGAGCUCGUAUGAAGAAUAAGGUUAAGGAAAUAAGACCGCGAUGAUAUAAUGCUUAAUUCAGAACAGAGAAAGGUCUUUUCACACUAAAAUUUUAGUCACAGCCGCUUCGCCGCGGAUGCCAAACCUUCACUCAGGAAAUCAAAUUGUUGCUUGACCUUAUUCGCCUAAUGAGGCAAAAUAUUUGACUGUCAAUGAUUUUUUGCUCGAUGUGGUAACAUUUGAGUCUUAAGGAAAAUUUAUUCCUUUGUUGGGGAAAAAGAAAAGUGUUUGACGUGAGAUCAAAACGGUUUACUAAUCAAAGAAAUAUUGGAUCGGUAACUUUUGCGCAUUCCCGAACUUUAAAAGCUACAAUUUAGCAUCUGGAACACUGGAACUGUAGCCUGAUAGUCCCGCACUUAAAAAGGGAUGUUUGGGUGUUUUUGACUAAGCAGAAGAGCUUCCUUUUGGCUAGACAGAAAACGGCUUGGCUAGCAUCAAAAGACAUGUUUCAGCAAAAUUCCCAAUUGCAAAUGGGUUAAUAAUAAUAAUGAAAAUAAUGCUGAUGACGAUGAUGAAGAUAAUAAUGAUAAUAACAAUCGAAAAUGAGAAGCUUAUCAUUUAGUUUCGAAGUCCAUUUUAUUGGUGAAUAUACGGGUAAUUGGGAAGGUGAACACUGUCUUUGAUUUAGUUCAAUCUUUUGAACUCAAUAAUGAUGGUUAGUUAGCAAACAAAUUUGUAUCAAGGCCUUUAGUUAAACUGGGAAUGCACUUUUCCAGAAAGUUUCCAUUACCACCCAUUAGGCCACAAGGAUUAAACCUGAAAAGUUAUACAUCAGGCCUCAAUUGUUCAAAAGUUGGAUAGCGCUAUCCACUGAAUAAAUCACUAUCCCACAAAAAAGUGUUAGGGAAACCAAUUGCACUAUCCAGUGGAUAGAGAUUUAUCCAGUGGAUGGCGUUAUUCACCUUUUGAACAACUGGGGCUUGUACUUUUAGUAGUGUUACAAAGACUAUUGAGGAAGAGAAUGGACCAUAAGAACAAGUUUAAAAAUAAAGCCAGGGUGAUUAAAUAUGUUCUCCAAGUGUUAAAACGUAGUAAGGAAUUCCUCCCACUCUCAUUACCUCAUGAGGUAAUAUUAUGAGGAACAUACAAAAGGUUAAAAUUGGUUACAAAAGUUGUUCAAUACUAUUCUACAUCUGCUGCUUAAAGGAAUAGAUUAUGAUAAAUACACAAAUCAUGCUAAUAUGCAUCUUGCUCCAUACUUGUUGCAUUGCCAUAGCUUCAAAUGAUGAAGUUACUUCUUCUUUUUGCCACCUCCCUUCUUCUUAGGUGGCUUGUUUUUACCUCCCAUUGCUGCAGGCUUCAUUACUUUUAGUGGUUUGGACUGCUUGCCAACUGCUACCUGAGUAAGGUCUUGCUCUAUCUUGGCUUUAAUAGUUACUUCCAGUCCCUGAUUAAAUAUUUUUGGAAAACUCAUUAAUUAUUCAUAAAGAAAAAGCAAUAGGGUCCAAUAGAAAUGAAUGUUUAAUGAGUGUCUUUAUAUCUGGUAAAGACACGACUAAACUUUACGUCCAAUUUUUAUAAGCUAAAAUAACCCCAAAUCUAAAUAUUAGUGCAAGAAUGAGUUGAUCUGUAUCAGAGAUUUUGAAGCCGUUCGAAAAACUCGCCGUCUUGUAUUAUCAGGUUGAAACAUUCUUGGCUUCGCCUCGAGUUUUUAAACCUGAUAAUACACUCCUGCUCGUUUUUUAAACAGUCCACAUCAAAUUAUGAAAUAUUAAAAGUUGAAGUGAGAGACGUCUUUCCAAAUAUUGAUUUUUUUUCCUCUCAUACAGUUGUAGCUGCAUGAUUUGGGCCAAAAGGUAGCAUAUUUUCUUGAAUAAAUAAAAGUGUGCUUAUCAACAUCGUCACACCCGGGUGGAAUGAAUGUGAAGAGGAGGUUAACUGCUCCCCACAAAAUGAGGCUGACCCGAAGGGUGAGGGGGGAAAUACAGCCAGGUGUGUGUUAUUACCUUGAUUACAGCUCUCGUGCUAUUGCUCUUAUUUCCUCUACAUAGGUUAUCAAAAACCUACGAUAAGUUUGCAGUUAUUCUGGAUAGAAACAUUAACACGUAAUGCAGUACAUGCUUUGGAAGUGCUUUAUUUUAAAAGUAGUACCAGCCCCUCCAUUCCUCAUAGCGAGGAAAUCCGAAUGUCACAAAAAAAACAUUUGAUUUCAUUGUGAGAUGAUGUUAGACCAAGAGAAAGGAUUUCCUCCAGUGCCUUACACUUUAAACGUCAGAUUUUUUUUAGUUUCAAAUCCCUAAUAAGUAUUAGGAAAACCAACUACGUCAUCCACUGGAUAGAGACUUAUCCAGUACUAUAACGUUGUCCCCCUUUUUUUAACAACUGCGACCUGAACCUUUCAAGUUUACAUACCGCCGAAAAUACAAUUCUAUCAAGAACAUUAUUUUUAUUUAGAUAAAGAGCAAUCAGGGAACACCUUUUGACCAAUUAUUAUCUAAAAACCUGUUUGUUGGAUUCGAGAUAAAUAAACAGCACCUUAGUUACUGUGAGUGUUUGAACUAGCUGGCGUUCUAGCAUUUGAAUUGUAAGAGCAGUCAACAGCCUCUACCUAUUGUUUUAAUUCGACUGGUCCAGGAUGAUGCUGUGAAAUUAAGAGGAAGAUUUACAUAGCAACAGUACUUAUCUCCGAAGAAGAAAGUUGUUUCGUUUAAUUUGAAAAGUAGAGCUGAAUAUCUCUGAAGAUCCAGAAAGAUAAAUUUACCGGGAGGAAAUUGUCGUAUCAAAAAAACCGUGCCCGUACGUUGGAAAAUUGGAAUUAAGCCCCUUAAUUGGGUGUGGCUCCAGCUUGAUUUGACCACUGACUCGUCCUAAGUCGUCUCCUAUUAUUCUGUAAGCGGUCAAGGAACGGUUGCGGGAGACUAUUACGGUACUGGUGCGAGGGGGACGAUGGGAAGGUGAAAGGGGAAAUGAAGUCUCUUUCCUCCUUCCCAUUAUCCUCCGCACUUCCUUUUACCACGCUUCUCUCGUUAAUACUAAUAGAAGACUGAGAGACAACUGGGGACGAGUCAGGAUUUGACUCCAAUGGCUCCAACCCUAUGACGGCAUUUGCUACUUUUAUUUAGCUUAAUCUUUAUGCACAACCCUAAGCAAUUUUUUAUGGGUUAAAAAUAAUCGUUUUCCUUUCUGAACACCAUAAGUCAGACCAAAAUCUGAAAUUUCUACUCCUAAAAGUGAAGACGAGCAACACCGUCAUUUUCAUAUGGGAAUCAGGUAUACAAACAAUUGUUAAAAAGUUACAUCGAUUCGAGAUUCAUUCUUCCUUGAAACUUUCGCGCACCGGCGUUAUUAGGCUGCCCCUCGCAUCCUCGCGUCUUCUCGACGCUGUUCGUUGGCAAUAACUUAUUUCUACUACUACUACAGUGGACUCCCGAUGACUCGAACCUUCAAGGGAAAUCGAAAAAAGUUCGAGUUAUCGGGAAUUCGAGUUAUCGGGAGCUCGAAGAAAAUAGCUGGGAGCAAGGAAAAGAACAGUUUUUACUUCACAGUGAACAUUUUAAUCACAUUUAAUUGUAGAAAUGUCAAGUGAAAAUUAAAAGAUACUUCUUGAUUAUAAAUCAGAAUGUAACGUAACAAAUAGCCAAAUUAGAGCAUGCGUUUUACUGUUUUGAGAAGUAAAGCUGUUUCACGUUAGAUUUGUGACAAGCAACAUCAGCCUCCACUAAUAAACUUUAACAUGCCUACAACACGUCAAUGGGAAAUUCAAAAUUCAAUGUUUCGAACGCCAUUAGAUUUUUUUUUCCCGACUUUUUAAGGUUUUAAUGGCUCAAAACAUGGUUCGAGAUUACAUAGAAAUGAUCUGAGGGGAAACAAAAACUACUUCGAGUUAGCGGGAGAUUCGAGUUUCCGAGGGUACAAUUACAGUAAAUGUAUGACGAAAUUCCAGGGGAAUCGAUUUUGGUUCGAGAUAGCGCGAUGUUCGAGUUAUCGGGAGUCAAUUUUUUAUGUAUUCCUUCCUGGGCGUGAGUAGCGUGACUGAGUUCGGCAAGGCAGUAGCUGACUACAUUUGAACACACUCCAAGCCGUGGAAUGCCUAAGUGUAAGAUCGCGAGGAAAUACGAGUUGAAAUCAGUUGUUUUUUUAUCCUAAUUUACUACCGUACUGUAUAAACACCUAAGGUUCAUUUCGUUUCUAGUAGCUUCUAGUCUCGACUCCUUUGACAGUGUCUGAUCACAAGUAUCGAUCAUACAAUCAAUACAGUUGAGCUAAUUGUCAGCGAAGUUUCUUUGUAGUUACAAAUCAUUGCGCUCAGACUUAUGCUUGUAUCAGACGUUUAAGAGUUACAUGGAUUUUUUUAAGAUGGAGGAACUGGAUAUCAGUUUCGGUUAAUGGUUAAUAGAGUAGGGUCCUAUAUUAUGACAAAGCUCAAGAUUUCAAUUGAAUUUUUCAAAUUGAAAGUACAGUCUUUAUUUUGAGCACGGGACCAGACUCCGGUAGGCUAACAGAGGUCCUCGGUUUUAGUAUCAAAGUUAGAAGCAGACAUCCUGUAGGCAAGAGAAAUAUUUCCGCAAAGACAGUUUCAUUUUUCUAGUAUUCGAAAGGUGCUAUUUAUUAUGUAACGUAUUGCCUACAGUGUAUGUUACUAGAAUGCAAAUUUUACAUCAGUACUUCAAAGUAAACAAGCAACACGCUCAAUUUUCAAACAAACAGACCAUGACUAUGAUUUCCGCAUCCGAUUUUUUAAGUAAAUUUUUUUAUUACCAUGUGAAAACUUUGUACAAAGGCUCAACUACCUCGCGACUCAUUCAUGUUAUGCCUUGUAUCCGUGACUAACUUAGAAGAUGACAUUUUCAAAGCUUAGUAAAGAGCAAGACUGAACACAGCAUCGCGUUUUGGGGAAUUUUUUUUAGACGGCUUUAAGUGAAGAACUGGCCAUGUGUACAUUGAGAAUACUAUAGACCCACUAAAGCACUCGUGACAGGCAGAGACGACAAUUUAUUACACAAGUAUACUGGCUGCUCUAAAGUUAAACAAGGGGUCCUGUUUGAAAUUGUCAGUAUCGUUUUUAAUUAGUUACUUGAACUUGUGUUUCGCGCUAACAGAAAACAAAGUUGCGGUAACUGAGGAGUGAAUGCGUAGAAGAGCGCAUUUCACUGGCGUCAGAGAAAGAAUUAAAACACAUAUUGAAUAAUCCAAAUAUACUAUGUACAAUCCGGCUCAAGACCUAGUCGUAAACUUGGACUUCUCUCAGAAUGGCAUUCUUCAUUAUAUAAUAAAGCUUCUAUAAAACAGAAAUCGAACAAAGAAAAAGAAAUUCCCUCAUCACCCUCCCCACCCGUUACCCCAUCUUUGCUUCUCACCUCCCAACCCUCCCUUCCCUAGCCCAAUUACUCUUCUGAAACCCCUCUUUCCUUAUUUAUACAUGCAAAGAAAACAAGGUGGAAAUUGCUCUACACUGGAAUCGCGAUUUUUCAAACCACUUUGCAUGGGAAAGCAAAUUUGUUCCAGUUACCGGCAUUUUGAGGAUCGGGGGUAAAAAUAUGGGGAAUUUCAAGACAUCGAGAGUUCGAGAAUCGUGAUUCUAUUGUACUUUAUACCAUUCGCUCUGAACAACAUUAAAGCAAGAUGGCUUGAAAGAAUCCUUUUUUUGCUCAACAUUCCUUGUCGUCUCUCAGUUGUGAAGAGCUCACGGUUGACCCAUAAAUUGUCUCCUAGAAGAAAAAACCUUGAUAAAUGGAUUACUGGAGGGUAUGUAUUCAAUAGUUUUAUUAUGUUAAAACUUCGACGGAGGCUAAUAUAAAAUGUCGGUUCUGUGCUAGUCUCAAUGCAAUCGCAUAGAAACCAGGAGCACCUAUCGACUGUUUUCUGUGAAUUAUCUGUUCGGAGAAGCAAAUAUUGCCUAUAGAAUUUUCUAUUACUUGAGGACGGCUAACACUUUCUAGAUGACCGUUCCACUCAUAUAUAAUUUUCAAAACUUAUCUAAUAAAUUCCCUACGAUUUUCUAAAGUUUAAUUUUCACAUUUCACUUCCCAAGUUAUGCCACUUUUCGUGGAGAAAAGGAAACCUUAAAUUUUCGGACUCAAAAAUUCAAAGGGGAGCUGGAGAAAUCAGAAAAUGUCUCACUUUCGUAAUACGUCAAACUGCAUCUAAGAUUUUCGGGAAAUUAAUACUUAAUUCCCUGUAAUUUCGAAAUACACAAGUUCCCCUAGGGUGACGGAACAGGUUCAAAUUUUAUAGCGCCACUUAGAAUGCAUUUCUAGACAUCUAAAAGUACUCUGGAUUGCCUAAAAAGUUUGUAUUUUGGAGGGAACUGUCCGUUGGGUGCCCAUGAGAAACCGCAUUUGCAUCAGUUACUGAUUCCGCUUUCAAUAUCAUUUCGAUUUUACACUUUCAAUUUUAAACUUCGAAAUACAAAAAUGUACAAUUUCUUAGCACAUAUCAAUCAAGACUGAGUUGAUCACGUGUCCAAGCAAAGAUAAAGUAGAAAUGAAAUACUGAAAAGUGUCGUUAAACACUGAACUAUUAAAUAUAACCCAGUUUCCAAAACUCGACGUAUAGCGACAGAGAAUCUCUGAUCGGGACUAGAAAUUAAAGUGAUCGAUCGAUACAAAAAGAGCCAUGGGUCAUAAAAUCUAUACAUUUUAGCAGUCUUUUUUCCUCAGUCAGUUUACUCAAACCAUCAUCCCAAAACAUUUGCGUUCUUAACCAAGAAGAGGUACGUAACCAAGUAAGACGAAAAAUGAACGGGUCAGAAACUGAAGAAAUAUUAAAAGAAAAAUCGUCCAAAAAAAAAGGACAGCAAAUAUAUAUCAUCGAGCACGAAAAAUCUUCAAUAGAUGGGUUGUUAAAGAGAGAUUUCGGGUUAUGUCUGACUUAUGAAGCAGAUCUUGAGUGAGAGCGAACGUGUAAUAAGAUUUAGAAAUCUUAGAAGUUCCACGACUUUCGCAUCUUUCAUUUCGUUUUCACAUAGACAGUAUGAAAAAUGUGUUCACCCAUCAAUUUGCGACUCAAACCAAUUCUGGAUUGGUGACGACGCCAUAUGAAAAUUCAGAAAGAUAUUAAAUUUAAUAAUCUCCAAUAGAAUUCGUCCUCCGGUCGUAAAGAGACCACGAGAGUGCAGUAUUAGUGUUAAUUAAGAAACUAAAUAUUACAACAACAGGGACUCCAGUUUUCUUCUCUUUUUUCCAAGUCCGAGGUAAUAGAUUUAUGAUUACCCUUCAUGUAUGCUGUGGGUCGCAGUAAUGAUGCCAUUUCAUUGGAUGAAUCCCUGACUGACAAAACAAACACUACAGCCAAUAACAUUGCUCGUUGGAACAUAGGUAUACAAUGUCCACUUAACCUGUUCCUACGAGCAUAGAAUGAUGAUUCAUGAAGAUCACAAAAUAGUCGGGAAAACGAAGACAAGACAAGAAUUAAGAGAUUAACAAAAACAGAGUAGGUUUGUAUAUUUUUGCUUAGCCGUUUAUUCUUUAAAAGUUACAUUUUACUUAUUAAUCACAAUUUUCCUAUUUUCUCUUACUUUGCAGUCACAACUGUGGUGCAACUGGAAAUCUUAGAGGUAAGUUGAAUGCCUCAUAAUAAACCGUGUUGGUGUGAGGUUUUGAAAAAGUCUCCGUCGACCUUUUUAGAAAAUGAAAUGUUUUAGAAAUAAACUCGUCAAAGGGCGAAUAUUUUAGACUGAUGAAUCCUCCAAAAACUAAGCCUCUCGUGGUCUGAUAAUAAGUUAGCCUCUCGUUGUAUUAGCUUUACUCUCGAGAGUGAAUUCAGUUUAAAAUUUUUCACUUGUACAGUGCUUGCACACUUUAGGGAGAAUUUUUUUCGGAUUUUUCAUAUGUUUUCAAGCUAACAACCGUGCAUCAUGUUAAUUAGUCAAGAUAUGAUGUUCAGUCUAUCAAAAAAGCGUUGCAGUAGUUCGUUNUUCAGUUUAAAAUUUUUCACUUGUACAGUGCUUGCACACUUUAGGGAGAAUUUUUUUCGGAUUUUUCAUAUGUUUUCAAGCUAACAACCGUGCAUCAUGUUAAUUAGUCAAGAUAUGAUGUUCAGUCUAUCAAAAAAGCGUUGCAGUAGUUCGUUUUAGUUGUGCCAAACAUCUAAAGGGGUAUUCUUCAGAAUUAACUGAGCUUCUUCAAGGAGUCAAAAUUGUCAGAGGUCAGAUUAAAAAUAAAGAGAGAAAGAAACGAGGAUAUCUUUCGGGAAGUUCACUGCCUGGGCCAGUUAGACAAGAACCUGUUGAGCCAAAAUUUGAAACAGGUUCUUAUUUAAAAAUAGUGCUUUAAAAACAUUUUGUACGAUUGAAAAAUAAAAAAGUCAACAUUCAGGAUCCCGUUUGGAGACAUAGGUGCUUUAUCAAUCCAACUGGAAUGUAUUGGUAUGCAGUGAUUUUAUGUGAGGAAUAAGCUGAAUACAACUAAAUACUCUUAGCUACAAUGUAGUUUUUCUUUCAGAUAAGCAGAAGAACCUAUUUAAGAACCUAAAUAGCCUAAAUUUGUGCUAAUUACGAUUUAUGUAAGAACCUGUUUAGGCGAAAUUGGGAAAAUGCAGGUUCUUAGUGGCUGGUUUUUACUGAAUAACAUCUAAAGCGUCUUCGGAAAAGUUACAGUGAUAAAUAUUUUGAAUGGCAAAUUUGUCGCAUGCAAAGUUUUCCAAAAGUUACAUGUGCAGAGAACAUGAAUGAUUGUCUUCAUUCGUCAAAUUAUCACGUCAGUGCCCUUCAAACUUGGUUUAACUUGUAUCUCAAAGGAAGUUUACAUAGUUCUCAUCAUUGGCCGGUUUUCGAAAUAAUUGCUUAACGUCAUGGAGCCUUCCAACUCGUUUUAACUUGCAACUUAAAAAAAAAAGGAGUACAUGACUCCUUUCAAUUCGUCAAUUAAGACUGACUGAUUUACAUGAAACCAAUAAGAAUACUUAUAGUAACUUACAUUUAACAAUCUUUCAAACUUGUCCAAAACACGUUUUUAAGUAAACUUGGUCAAACUAGGGCAUAAAAACUUUCGUACUUUCAAAAAAAUUAUCAUUCGUCUUGGGAUCACUACGGUCGUUCAUACAAGUAAGGUAGGACUUGAGUCAAUGUUUCCAACAAUCUUUCGUAUCAAACUAAUAUACUCAGUUUAAUUAAACGAUAGCUUGGAGUCUUUUCACUUGGUUUCAAUUUGAACUGUUUCUUUUCACGAAAUAUUUAAAUGUAAGGCUUAUUGCUACUAGGUUCGCGCCUAAAUCUUAAGCGAACGCUUCAACGAAAUGUCCAAAAGUUUUAAGCGUCCGUGUAAGUCUGACAUAUAAUUGCAAGGACAUGGUAAUGUUUUCAAGUAAUACUAAAAGCUGACCUGAAAUUGAUGAAUGAAACCUGACGAAACUGAUAUUUUUUCUCCAAAACAAAUAGUAACUUUGCCACAGAUCAUCAAUUCGCGUUGCUUGUUAUCUGCAUUUUGAAUUUUUUCUUUUUUUUAGCAAAUCAUUGAAACCGAUACCUUUUUAAAGAUAUUCGGCCAUAAUUUUGAGCGUUUUCCUGUUUUCACAGGUUUCCUCAUCAUGCAAGCCUUAAUAAAGAUACCGCUGGCUACUGUGUUAUGCGGGCUGCUCUUACUGCUGAUUACCUUGUGUUCUGCAAAUGACAACAAUAGCAGCAAACCACGUGACAAGGUGAGUUUGUUUAAUCAAACAUUGUAAUAUAUAGCUGUAAUAUAUGAGAAGUGAAAGUCGGUCAAUGGUACCUGAACUAUUAACCUGAAAGAACUUAGUGAGGUAGAAUGAAUGAACGGUGAUUUUUUAUUUAAGGAUGCUUGACUAAGGUUAAUUGAUUGACUUAAUCAAUUGAUCAUGAAUUUAUAACGGAAUGAAUUUUUAAAUUUUUCAUUUAGAGUAUUCCUCAACAGACUUCAUCUUAUGGUUCCUGUGGUUAUGGUGGGUGUUUCUGUGCACCAGGAAUUCCAGGCAUCCCAGGAAGCCCUGGACCCGCGGGACCAGCAGGUAUCGCGGGAUCACCCGCUAAUCAUGGACCUGAAGGACCCAUGGGCCCACGAGGAAACAAAGGUGAUGAAGGAGCCCGUGGAAGACAGGGAGCACCAGGCAGCAAAGGAGUUAAAGGACCUGCAGGCCCGGCAGGUCCACGUGGUGACAAAGGUGAAGCAGGUUCAGCUGGUUCCCCUGGAAACAAGGGUGAUACAGAUACUCGUGGAAAGCAAGGUCCCCCUGGCCCCAAGGGACCUCAAGGACCUUCCGGUUCAGCUGGUUCCCCUGGAAACAAGGGUGAUACAGGUGCUCGUGGAAGCCAAGGUCCUCCAGGUCCAAAGGGUGAUCCAGGAUCGUUUGCUCGUAACUGGAAACAAUGCGUUUUUAAGAAUCUGAACGAUGGAAGGGACUCUGGAUUGAUAAAGGUAACAACUGAGUUGGUCGUUCUAGAUUAUAUAGAUUAAUCCGAAGCAAAUUAGUAAGUCUGGUUAUGACCGUUUUGAUGGAAUGAUACGGCAUGCGAGAAAAAAUUCGAAUGACAUUACCAGUUUCGACAAGUUUAUAAGAUAGACAUAUAUUUUUUGGUCUCAAGUUGAGUAAAAUCCACUAUGGCAAUUACAAUUUGUUCCCAGGCUCUGUCCCUAUGAAGUUGAUAGACCGAUUUUCGUAUGACCUUGAAAAUUGGUUUCGGUAAGUGUUCGUUAUUUGUUUUAUCAGCCAAUGGAUGAAAAGAUCAAAACAUGGCCUCUUCAUUGUCCCGCAAAAGAAAACCCUAACAUGAAGAAGGCAUUGUGCGAGUGAAAUCCACGGUUUUCAGGUCCGUUUUUCUGGACGGUAAUAUCAUUGUUUAUUUCUGAUGUUUAAUUUCGGUUCACCUUGCUGAUCUUUCUUCCUCUGUUGAUUUUUAAGGAGUGCAGUUUCAAGAAAACAUCAGACACUACUGGGUUGCGUGUCUUUUGGAGUGGUACUCUUCGUCUCGCUAACUGCCAUGGAUGCUGCAGACGAUGGUAUUUCACUUUCAACGGUGCAGAGUGUUCAACACCGGCUCCCAUUGACGGAGUGGUAUACAUGUUACAUGGAAGUAGCUGGAAAAAGGAUUUACACCGUGUGCGUCACAUCGAAGGAGUCUGUGAGAAAAUCCACAAGGGUAAUGUUCGCGUGGGCUUCUGGGUCGGUAAUUGUGGUGGUCACAAAUCUGCUGAUGCUUACACAGGCUGGAACUCAGUGUCCCGGAUACUCGUAGAAGAAGUACCUCCCCCACAGGCUUAA